AGAAGCUGUGUUAAGACUUGGGAUUGUGUUUCAUUUACCUCCGAUUGGUUUCUAAUUAAGUUCUUGUUUCCAUGGAAUCGAAUUAGUUUAGGUAGAGAGACGAUCUAGUGGACCUCCGAAUAAGAUUGCAGAUUGAACAGAGGGAGAUACUACAUGAAUCAUCAGAGGAGUAAAUUUGUGAGGUUUGAUGAUUCUGGGAAUCCGGGGAGAUCUUCAACCAUGCUACUUGUAAAUGGGAAAUUCAAAAGUGUUAGAGGACGCUUGAAGAAGGUUUACGGGAAGAUGAAAACACUCGAAAACUGGAGGAAGACUGUCUUGUUAGCUUGCGUGGUUGCUUUGGCUAUAGAUCCUUUGUUUCUCUUUAUCCCUGUUAUUGAUUCUCAUAGGUUUUGCUUCACCUUUGACAAGAAGCUUGUGGCAGCAGUUUGUGUUUUGCGUACCUUCAAUGACACAUUCUAUGUGUUUCACAUUAUUUUUCUUUUGAUAACCGACCUCAUUGAUCCUCGUCCUCAAGUAUCUCUAAGAGGCGAGUUAACCGUGGAAUCUAAGGGUAUAAGGAAAAAACGCCUUCUCUUUCACUUCAUUGUUGACAUUUUCUCUGUUCUCCCAAUUCCUCAGGUGGUAGUUCUCGCUCUUAUUCAACGAUCAGCCUCGCUGGUGUCAAAGAAAAUACUAAAAUGGAUCAUAAUUUGUCAAUAUCUACCGAGAAUCAUUCGUAUCUAUCCACUUUACAAAGCAGUGACAAGAGUCUCUGGUACCGUUGUAGAAACAAAAUGGAUCGGAGCUGCUUUGAACUUUUUCCUCUACAUGCUGAACAGUUAUAUAUUUGGGGCUUUCUGGUACGUGAAUGCACUAGAAAAGAAAAAUACAUGCUGGAGUGAAGCUUGUGCUACCACAUCCGGAUGCGAUCUCACAAAUCUGUUUUGUGCACGAGGUGGCAGAGACAAUAGUCGUUUUCUAAAGACUACAUGCCCAUUAAUCCACCCUGACCAAAUCACGAACUCCACAGUCUUCGACUUUGGUAUGUACAUUGAUGCAUUGAAGUCUGGGGUGGUAGAUGUAGAGCCAAGAGAUUUUCCGAGGAAGUUCUUUUACUGCUUUUGGUGGGGUCUACGAAAUAUUAGUGCUUUGGGCCAAAACCUUGAGACAAGCAACUCUGUCGGGGAGAUCUUCUUUGCUAUCAUCAUAUGCGUCUCUGGUUUACUCUUGUUUGCUGUGCUCAUCGGAAACGUUCAGAAGUAUUUGCAAUCAACUACGAUUAGAGUAGAUGAAAUGGAGGAGAAAAAGAGAGACACUGAAAAAUGGAUGUCCUACCGUAUGCUACCAGAGUAUCUCAAAGAACGCAUUAGGAAAUACGAGGAUUACAAAUGGCGAGAAACUAGAGGCACCGAAGAGGAAGCUCUUCUUUGUAGCCUUCCAAAAUAUCUCAGACUCGAAACCAAAUGCCAUCUUUACAAGGAUAUGUUAAAGCGUGUCCCUUGGUUUCUAUCUAUGGAUGAUCAAUUACUAAACGCUCUAUGUGCACGUCUCAAAACGGUUUUUUACUCAGAGAACAGUUACGUUGUGUGUGAAGGUGAACCAGUGGAAGAUAUGUUGUUUAUAAUGAGAGGAGUUCUAAUAAGCACAACAACUCAUGGUGGCAAAACUGGAUUCUUCAAUUCGGUUCGCUUGGUUACUGGUGAUUUCUGUGGACAUGAUCUUCUCCCUUGGGCAUUAGAUCCUCUCAGUUCCCACUUCCCUAUCUCUAACAGAACCGUUCGAGCUCAGACAGAAGUCGAAGGCUUUCUUCUCUCAGCUGAUGAUCUCAAGUUUGUCGCUACUCAGUAUGGUCGCCUUCAUAGCAAGCAAAUCCGACCAAUGUUAAGGUUUCAUUCGGUGCAAUGGCAGACAUGGGCAGCAUUUUAUAUACAAGCAGCAUGGAAGAGAUAUUGUAGAAGGAAGCUCUCAAAGGCUUUACGUGAAGAAGAAAGCAAACUACAUAGCACACUUCAGAACGAUGAUUCAGGUGGCAAUAAACUUAACUUAGGUGCUGCGGUUUAUGCGUCGAGGUUUGCGUCUCAUGCUCUGAGGAAUCUUAGGGCGAACGCAAAAGCACGAAAUUGAAGAUUCCCUCAUAUGCUAUCUUUGUUGCCUCAGAAACCAGAUCAUUAAUGAUGAUUUUAAACAAUUAUGUAACUUUGUUUGUAUAAAACCGUCAACAAAAUUUUCUUGAAUU